AUGUCUUCCCCGUCGUCUUCUAAGGAAAAGCUGUUCCCCGGUAUCUCGGCGACGGAGACGAAGCUCUUAGUGCUCGCCAAUGUCUGCCUCAAGAACGACAAGAUUGACUAUGACAAGCUUGCUCAGAGCGCUGGUAUCAAGGCUUCCUCGGCUCAGACCCUGUUCCGAAAUGCCAAGCGAAAGAUAGACAAGAUGUACGGCGAUGGCAAAGCCGGUGCCGAUGAAACUGCUGUCCAGGAUGAUCUUUCUCCCGAGGAGACUCCUACUAAGCGUGGGAAGUCGAAUGCGAAGGCCAAGACUCGCACCCCAAAGACUCCUAAGUCUCCCAAGACACCUAAGACUCCCAAGGCGCCCAAGACUCCCAAGACUCCCAAGGGUGCCAAAGCAGCUAUCAAGUCGGAGUCCAGCCCAUCUGUCAAGUCCGAGGUCAAACAUGCUGAAGGUAUUAGCCGCGAGACUGCUGUGGCUGAUUCUUCUGCCGAACUUUCCACCGAUGUUGCCGUUGAGUCUACCGCCACCGCUGAAUCUGCAGAGAUCAAGACUAAGGAGCAGGCAGAUGAAGACGCCAGUGCUGUCAAAACCGAGAACGAUGAAGCUGCGCUUGAUUCUGCGGUGAACCAGAAACUUCCCGAGUCUCCCUUGUCUUCUGUGCCAGAUGAAGAGGAUGAUGCCUCCUACGAGGAGGAUUUGCAGGAAGAUGACGAGGAGGACUAA